GCUUGCCUCUUUUUUAUCUGAUGCUGACGUGUAACAUCACAUCCUCCUGUAUGCUAAACAGGAAAAGGCCUUCGUGUGCUUAAACACAACAUUCACCACUUCCUCCUCUAAUACCUUUACUUUCUGAUGAAGUGAAACACAGGACUGUGUUCAAAUCAACUUGGAUUAUUCUCAGUGGUCAGGCUACAGAGGCUAAAAGUAGUCACGUGAAAUAAAGCCAAAGUAACACAUCACUAUUUGGACCACAAAAAACAAUCAAAAUGGAGAGUCGAAAUAGCAGCAUUUGUGUGAUCAACGACAACAUGGUGCCGUUCGCCACAAUCUACAUCAUCAUCUUCCUGAUUGGGAUGGUGACUAGCUUGGUGGCUCUGUGGGCUUUCAUAACUAGCCGUAGUGCUAAAAAGUGCAUCAACGUUUACCUCAUCAAUCUUCUAACAUCAGACUUUCUCCUCAUGUUAGCAUUACCCGUCAAGAUUGCCAAAGAUCUUGGCAAUGCCUCCAAAGGUUUGACCAUCUUUCACUGCCAAGUGAGUGGGCCGCUUAUUUACAUAAACAUGUACGCAUCCAUCAUCUUUUUAGCAUUUGUUAGCAUUCAGCGCUACCUCCAGAUCACCCGCAGCUCCAAACUACUGCGGCUACAGGACGUGGGAUUUGCGGUGCUGAUGUCCUCUGUGGUUUGGUUCCUCGUACUCUUCAUCAACGUACCCAACAUGGCCAUCCCCAUCAAAAAAGACAUUGAAGAUAAAGUUGGCUUGACGUGCGCUGACUUAAAAGAGGAUUUGGGCAAGCACUGGCAUGCGUUGUCUGUGUUUCUGGGCAUGGCGAUCUUCUUCAACGCGUCGGUAGCCGUGCUUUUGUCCAACGGUCUGGUUUUGAGGAAGUUUUGGAGUCAGCAUGAAUCUGAGCCUGAGGAAAAGGCUAUCGCCCGACAUGCUGUUGUAAACAUUGCAUUGGUGACAUUGGCUUACGUAGUGAGCUUCGUGCCGUAUCAUGUUGUCCGCAUGCCGUACACCUUCACGCAGAUAGAGGUCAUCACUAAAUGCACCUUAAAGAAGAGUCUCUUCUUGGCUAAAGAGUCCACUCUGCUUCUGGCCAUCCUGCAUCUGUGCUUUGACCCUGUGCUGUACUUUGUUUUUUGCCGCGCAUUCAGGUAUCAGAUCACGAAGGCCUUCACUAAGAGAGACAGCGUUCCUACUGCUGAUCCGGAGUGAAAUGGUACCACGUUAGGGUGAAGUGCUUAGUUGGAUGCGAAUGUAGGAUUGAGAAAAAUAUCCCAUGAUUCUUAAAGCUAUCACUUAUACACUCUUUCUUCUUUAUAAUGAGCACAGAUGAAGUUUAAUGGAGAUUAACUCCAUUUAAUGGACAUUGCAGCCACUCAGAAGACCUUUUGUCUAUUGACCUUAUUAGGAAGUGUGCUCGUAUUUGCGAUUGUUUUAGUACUUUCGAUUCAGUAUCCUAUGGGAGAAAGGUUUAGGAAUAAAGCUACGGUCACACUAGAGUCCGUGUGUGGGAAAUUCUACCCUAGUAG